AUGGUCACGAUUCGCGCGUUCAUCGACCCGCCCGGUGAUCACUCGAGGCCUUGUUCGAGGCCACGCGACAGCGGUGUCCCUCCGACAGCGGAAAAGACCGAUGAAGGAUUAAACUUACGCAACUCGUGGGCAAAGAGUGAGAUCAGCGAUAUCUAUCAUGGACCGCUUUUGGAUCUCGUCUUUCGGGCCGCAGCGGUUCAUCGAAAGCAUUUUGAUCCCAGUAAAAUACAAAUGUGCACCUUGAUGAACAUCAAAACUGGAGGAUGCACAGAGGAUUGCUCAUACUGUUCUCAAUCAUCCCGCUACUCUACCCCAACCGAAGCUUCGCGGCUGCUCCAAAAUGAGCCUGUGAUUCAAGCAGCUCUCAAGGCAAAGGAAAACGGAAGCACGCGAUUCUGUAUGGGCGCAGCAUGGAGGGACUUGCAAGGGCGUAAAUCAGGCUUCAAUCGGAUCUUGGAAAUGGUCCGUGAAAUUCGCGGAAUGGGAAUGGAGGUCUGCACGACAUUGGGCAUGCUAUCGCCAGAACAAGCUCGUCAGCUCAAGGAAGCUGGACUUACCGCGUAUAACCACAAUCUUGACACAUCGCGCGAAUUUUACCCCAAGGUCAUUACUACACGAUCUUACGACGAGCGUCUUGCCACAAUUGAAGCGGUUCAAGAUGCUGGAAUCAACGUCUGUUCGGGUGGUAUUCUUGGUCUCGGUGAGACGGAUGAGGAUCGCGUUGGUUUAAUCUGGGAAGUUGCAAACAUGCGCGCCCAUCCUGAAUCGUUUCCCGUGAAUGCGUUGGUUCCAAUUCAGGGAACACCCUUGGAAAAUAACCCUAUAAUUCCUCAUCAAACGAUACUGCGAACUAUUGCCACAGCACGGAUAGCCCUACCAUCCACUAUCAUCCGACUUUCAGCCGGACGACACAAAUUCUCAGAGGCGGAGCAGAUGAUGUGUUUCAUGGCUGGUGCUAAUGCUGUAUUCACAGGAGAGAAGAUGCUGACAACGCCUUGUUCUUCCUGGGAUGAAGAUAAGGAGAUGUUUUCUCGAUGGGGUCUAGAGGGUAUGAAGAGCUUCGAACAAGCCGCCGUUAGGGAGAAGGAGCUGCCUCGUUACCCAGAGAUGUCUAUAACCUCUUCCAAUACGCCUCUAUCUACGAUGCGAAAGGUUAACCAUUCAGAGCGCUAUCGCGGUCUAUCUUGCCUAGCCGUUGGAGCAGGAGCAGGAGGAUCAAUUAAUAUGUUGGCCAGAGUGACCAUUAUUGAUUAUCGGGGUAAUGAGAUUCUGGAUACUUAUGUUCAGCCUACCGAGCCAGUAGUUAACUACCGAACUGCACAGACCAAGAUCACAGAAUAUCAUCUGAGUGGUGCGAACCCACACGCUCUCCCGUUUGAUGUUGUUCAGACCAAGGUCACCGACCAUAUCGCUGGUUGCAUUGUCGUAGGGUACACUUUAUGGAACGACCUGUCUAGCUUUCGUGCUAUCCUCGUCAAAAUCAUCUCUAGGACUGCUUCUGAUGACCCAGAAUCUGGCCCGACCCCCAGACAGGGGUCGGCCUCGACCACAGCUAUAAAUCCCACUACCUCUGCUGCCUACCGGCUUCUCCUUACAUCUCAGCCCUCAACCAAGCAUCCCGGGCGUCAUUAUAAUAUGCAACUUGCGACCAAUGAAGUGCACGAUGUUAUAGUAGACCCAGCAGACCUUUACCAAUCCGAGGAGCAUUUUAUUGAAGAGGCUUCGCGAAAUGCUCACAUAGACAAACAGCAUGCUUGGGCUGUGGGCAAUACGAUUCGAACUCUAAUACUGGACGAUGCACUACCUAAUGCUUGGCCACGCUUUUCAAUUCCCGCGCUCACGCUGAUUUCCGUAAAAGGACCACUGCCAGACCCAAAAGCGCUAAAGCAAACGUACGACCUUACGUGCACGGCCAAUAGUUAUGCUCAGCGCAACUUUAUCGGUAGCUUGCUCGCUGGACCAGGCAGUGAGAGCGACGAGUUUGCGGAUGUAGGGUUCUGGUGCGGAGAGAUCGAUGAGAACAACAUAGAAACUUCGAUAUUGCAAUCCCUCUCAUUGGGUAUAUGGAUUCAGAAGGGCACUAUUACGAGGUUAGCUGAUGCCCCAUUGAAAACUUUACGCAAAUCAGAAAUGUGGGAAUCGUGUGAGGCGUUGAGCGAUCUCACGGAAUUCCGAGUCGAGCGACCCGAUACUGGUGGUCGUGUAAUGCAUGUGAUGGCCGGAAAAGGGUUGGAGGCCCAGCCGGCGCGAAAAGGCAAACCCGGUACUUUUGAGAUCGUUGGCAACUCUGGGGUGUCAGCCCAGCAACUAUUCUUGGGAGCAAAUAAUAAAGUCUAUAUUAUCGACAAGGUUGAGAACAAUCCAGUUUCCGUCAACGGUCACCCAGCAUGGGCCACUGAAUAUGACCUCGAGACCAACACUUUCCGACCAAUGGAUAUUGUAACGAACACAUUCUGCGCAGGAGGCAACAUGCUGGGUGAUGGCCGAUGGAUCAAUAUUGGUGGCAAUCAGCCCGUCAAGAGCGGUGGUGCCACACAUGUUGCUGGUGAUCCAGAUGAUCCUUACAAGAAUGGUGAUGGUGGGCAAUCCAUCCGUCUCAUGACCUGCCAAGGUGAUAGCUGCGAAUGGGGCAUGGAUCCAGUCAAUAUGUCCACUCGUCGGUGGUACCCGACAGUCGAGGGGCUGGCUGAUGGUUCGGUAAUAAUCAUUGGAGGCAAUCAAUACGGUGGUUUCGUCAACUCUGACGGUAACAAUAACCCUACUAUCGAGUACUAUCCCUCCAGGGGCAAUCCAGUAGGCCUUCCCAUGUUGAUGAGGACUCUUCCUGCCAAUCUUUAUACAUUGACCUGGUUGUUACCCAGUGGAAUGGUUUUCAUGCAAACUAACCUGGGAACCCAAUUAUACGACACGGAAAAUAACGUUGAAUAUCCCCUGGCUGAUAUGCCCCAUGCUGUGAGAACUUAUCCUGCAUCUGGUGCCACGACUAUGCUACCUUUAACACCUGCGAAUAACUGGACUGCCACUAUACUGUUUUGUGGAGGUUCUGAUCUCAAGCCGGAACAGUGGCGUGUUAGCGAUCCACUUGUGACGUAUCCUGCCGAUGCUUCAUGUGUGUCGAUGACACCUGAUGUUAGCACUGAUUGGAAGGAUGAGGAUACUAUGCCACUCGGGCGUACUAUGGGCAACUUCGUUAUCUUACCUAAUGGAAAGAUAUUCCUUGGUAAUGGCGCAAACACCGGUGUUGCUGGUUACGGCAAUGAGUCUUGGGUUGUUGGGCAGUCUUACGCUGAUAAUCCCAUGUACCAACCUCUGAUGUAUGAUCCUGAGCUUCCUGCGGGCUCCCGCUUUACAUCGAAGGGGCUUUCUCCUUCGACUAUUCCUAGGAUGUAUCACUCAGCUGCUACUUUGCUCCCUGAUGGUUCCGUCUUCAUUAGUGGUAGUAAUCCUAAUGCAGAUUUCGUUGGACCUGAUAUGGGCUACAAGUACCCUACCGAGUAUCGUGUCGAGCUUUUCUACCCAGAAUACUAUAACGAGCACCGACCUGAGCCCAAGGGAGUUCCUGAGACUCUUACUUAUGGUGGCAAAUAUUUUAAUCUUACCAUGACGAAGGGUGACGUGAAUGGUCACUACGACAAAAUGAAGGUUGUAAUUAUGCGCACCGGGUUUUCCACUCACGCCAUGAAUAUGGGUCAACGUAUGGUUGAACUUGACAGUUCUUAUAGUGCUGCUAAGGAUGGAAGCGUUACGAUGCAUGUCUCUCAGAUGCCUCCCAACGCAAAUAUCAUGACUCCCGGUCCUGCCUUGAUAUUCGUUGUUGUCAAUGGUGUCCCUUCGAUGGGCCAACACGUUAUGGUUGGCUCUGGAAAGAUCGAGAAGCAGACUAUCCUCCCUGUACAAGAACUCCCUGCUUCUACAGUUGAAACAGCAACUGGCACCCAUGCUGCUCCCACUGGCGGCAGUGGCUCCAAUAACUCCAAUACCCUGGCACACAACGGUGAUUCUCGCCUCACCAUCUCCACCGGCCUCGCCUUCAGUGGUCUUUUGUUGAGCCUUCUAUGGUAA